AUGAAAGCGAACGGAUCGCGUCGCGAGGAGAGGGAGGAAAAAAUAUCACGGAAAAAAUCAGGUGCGUCCCCCGGUCGGGAAGAGAAAAACAGUCGGGCGUCGCGGCGCUGGGCCGGGAGGGGGGGGAGGAGAGGAAGGUAUUGCGGGAGGGGUGGAGUGCGCGUCUCGGAUGCACUUCGCGGGGCCACGAGUGGCCGCCGUCGGCCGUGCGGCGCCGUCGUGUCGCUCUCUGUUCGCUUUCAGCCCUCGAUAAAAACAACAAACAGAUUAAUCGACCUGACCGUGCAAAAAAUUUCAGUGCGGAAUUUUGCCCAUAGCGCUUGUUUUGUUCUACACUUACAAAGAGCAAUCGAUUUUAAAGCUCGCUGGAUUGAAAAUUAUAUGAGAGCCUUAGAGUUGGGUGCGGGUGUGGUCGUGGGCUGCCAAUGCGCUUGUCUUUCGGUUCAGUGGGCUUUCUUUAAAUUGGCGACGGCUCCGCUGGCCGCACCGCUUAUUGCAUCUCCCGCCCGCAGCGUCACGACGUCCACGAUAUUGCCUCCAUUCAACCUUUAA